AGAUGGCCACUUCUAUGUUAAAGAAGUUCAAAAAAUAUUGGGAGUCAUAUAACAUCAUUUUAUCUAUAGCAAUGGUUCUUGACCCACGAUAUAAACUGAAUUUUGUUAAGUUUUGUUUUUCAAAGCUUAAUUCUGAUAGCGCUGAUAAAAAAGUGAAGGUUAUCGAAGAUAAUUUAAAGUUAUUAUUCGAAGAGUACUUGAUACCAUCUAUUACAACCUCGUUGUCAACUUCAUUACCAGAGGAGCAUGCUUGUAGUAGUAGAAAUCAAAUGACUGAAGCAUUUGAGGAGUUUGAUAUGUUUCAAAGUCAGUUAGAGUCGAGUACCAGUAAAACACAAUUAGAGUUAUAUUUGGAAGAAGCUAACGUUGAUCGUAAAACAAAUCCGAAUCUAGAUGUACUUGGAUUUUGGAAGGCUAACAAACUAAGGUAUCCAGAACUUUCAUUAAUGGCACGGGAUGUUUUGAGUGUGCCCAUCACUACAGUAGCCUCUGAAUCUGCAUUUAGCACCGGAGGUCGUGUCAUUGGAAAGUUUCAAAGUUCUAUUCUUCUUGCAAAUGCUGAGGCGAAACUAUGUACUAGGGAUUGGAUUUGUGGACAAGAAGAUCUUAAUGGAUUCGAAUCAGAUUCUGAUGAAGAUGAGAUUGUUGUUGACCUUCAACCUUAUGUUGAUAAACUUAGAGAUCAUCGCAUCUCAAAGGACAAUCCACAAUAGCAGAAAUCACUGAGAGUUUGUGAAAAUUUUGUUGGAACUGGUGGCCUUGUAGGUGCAACAUUUUCGUCUUUUUAGAGUUAAGAUGCUGCCGAGCAAUUAAUUGUGGAUCUCCAGUUGAUCAGUUGGCGGAAGCAGGAUUAACACCAUCUCAUAUUGCAGCAACAACAUUUAACAUACUUGGACAAACCAUAGAGGCUUUAGCGGUCAUGACAUAAGAUGGAAGAAGUGUUUGAAGAACUGUUAGAAACUUGUCAUGUAGUGACACACAAGAGACUACAUUGAUGCAAACAAUUGAGUUUGAUUGAGUAGAAAACAAAACAACUUUCUGUAAAUUUCACAAAUGUAUCUCUUUUUUCCAAUAACAAUUUUGGUGGAUUAGGCAGACUUAAUUGUCAUUUGACAAAA